GCGACUCUUGCUUUGGCCAGUCUGGCUCGCUUGUUGGCGGCCUUCUUCACGCGCAGGGCCGCUGUCGUGCUUCUGCCCUACGCCUUCGUUUCCAGCUCGUGGCGAAAUGGCUCUGCUUCUUUGGCUGUUGAAGACCGCCGAAGCGUGACGUGUUUGCAACUGGAACCUUGCGUUCGUCUUCCUGACGACGUUCCGACGCCAGCAGCGGGUGAGUCCUCUCAUCUCUCGGUCUGA